GGGACCCUGCAGGUCACUGGUUAGCUAGUGCUCAUAGGAAAAUGCUGCGCAACCGAGUGUGAAGUCGACCAGCAGCUUCUUCAAAUGACUUUUAUCCCCUUCAGUCCUCUCAUGGCUCGCUCGGAAUUUUUAGCAGUUCAGGCUGGUGACACCAACGGGAAUCAGAGUAGCAAGUCUAUUCUCUACUUUAUCAUUGUUGUCGCCGCAGUGCUCUUCUUGGUGGCAGUAAGGAUAUGCAUCUUGCGAAGGAGAAACCGAUCUGUUACAAAAUUCUUCUUGUUCAGGCCAUCAAACUCUCAGACUCCUCGAGAAGAUCAUGCAUUCAGUUCUUAUGAACCCUCUCAUCGGAUGCAUCAUCUUACCCCUCUGCCAUCGGCUUAUCGCCCUGAUCGCAGAGUCAAUGCUGCGGAUACUGAUUCUUCCGGGCGCAGAAUUGGAGCACCUGAUGAUCCAGAUUGGGAUGGGAAAGAUAUACUUCCUGCCUACGAUAUAUAUGAUCGCCCUCCCAAGUACGACUCAGGUGGAUCGAUGCCGCACGCUCAAGGAUAUAUACCACCCUCUGGGAGUCACCCACGCGAUGACACGGUCGUGGCAAACACUGAAGUCAUUCCUGUUGCAGGACAUUAAUAUUUGGUUUCUGUAAGGACUGGUCGUUCAAAUUCCGUGUAUAUGUACAAGCACCUGGCCAAUGUUAUGAUCUGUAAUCGUUACAUUACCGCACAGACUCACAGUACUUGUACUGUAGCUUUAGCUGUUGUAUGCUUGACUACCAGUUUCCGGACCCUUCCGUUUUCU